ACCCGCGAAACAAGCGUCUUGAAAACAUUCGUGAAUUCAAAUUAAAUUUUUCAAAAAUAAAUUCUGCAAAACAAUUAAAAUGCCUGGAUCUUUACGAAGUGAGUCAUCAGAGACUAGCCGACAAAAUGCAGGAGCUCGUACUCCGUCGCGUAAUCGGGAAAGUGAUGAUGUGAAUCCGACACCUCAACGAAUCCGUGGAGUCGGAGUGGACUCGAGAGGCGAUCGUGUAAGCAUUCACACCUCUCCAAGUGCUCCCGGAACGGUCGUUACCAGCCCGGUACGCGGAGGAGGUGUUGCUAUAAGUGAGAUUGAUUUGAGCUCUCCUCUGAAUUAUGGUACGCCAAGCUCCAUGGGUUCCGUUCGGACGCCGCGUUCUGGCAUCCGAGGUACUCCGUUGCGCAUGCGACCUGAUAUUCGAACGGAUCGUCACAUCAGACAAGUCCAAGUUGGCGAGGGCAGCGAAACCGGAAGUCAACUUCAAUCGAUACCCGAGGCCCAAUCGGAAACGGAUUCGACAACUGGUGGCACACAACUCGUGAUUUGGGGCACAAAUGUCGUCGUGAACGAGUGCAAAGCGAAAUUUAAGCGUUUCAUUGAGCGUUACAUCGACCCAGACAUUGCAAAUGACGAAAUCUCCGAAGGCAUCAACUUGAAUGAGCCACUCUACAUGCAAAAACUCGAUGAAAUUCAUCAGUUGGAAGAGCCCUUCUUGAAUGUCAAUUGCGAACACUUGAAAACUUUCGAUGCCCAAUUGUAUCGACAGUUGAUUUGUUAUCCGCAAGAAGUCAUUCCCACAUUUGACAUGACCGUCAACGAGAUGUUCUUCGAAAAGUAUCCAGCUGCCUUGUUGGACCACCAAAUUCAAGUGCGACCUUUUAAUGCAGAACAAAGUCGCAAUAUGCGAGCACUGAACCCCGAAGAUAUUGAUCAACUUAUUUCCGUCAAUGGCAUGGUUAUUCGCGUCUCCAACAUUAUUCCCGAAAUGAGAGAGGCUUUUUUCAAAUGUAUGGUUUGCUCGUUCACUACAUCUGUGGAAAUCGAUCGUGGACGCAUCGCAGAGCCAACUUUAUGUACACACUGCAACACCAAUCACUGUUUCCAAUUGGUGCAUAAUCGCUCGCAAUUCAGUGACAAACAGUUGAUCAAGUUGCAAGAAUCUCCGGAUGACAUGACUGCUGGACAAACGCCACAUAACAUCCUCUUGUAUGCCCACAACGAUUUGUGUGACAAAGUCCAACCAGGAGAUCGUGUCACAGUCACUGGUAUCUACCGUGCUAUUCCAGUUCAGGAAAAUCCUCGUCAGAGAAGUGUCAAGAGUGUCUACAAGACGCACAUCGACGUCGUGCAUUUCCGUAAAAUUGACAAUAAACGAUUGUACGAAGAAGAAGACGGCAAAGAUCACAUGUUUACGCCUGAGCGUGUCGAGCUCUUGCGAAAACUUUCGGAGAAACCCGAUGUUUAUGAUCGUCUUGCUCGCACAGUUGCUCCCUCCAUCUACGAAAACUUGGACAUCAAGAAGGGCAUCUUGCUGCAAUUGUUCGGAGGCACUAAGAAAAAAGUGGCAACUUCCGGUCGUCAGGACUUCCGUGCGGAAAUUCACAUUUUGUUGUGUGGCGACCCAGGUACCUCAAAGUCGCAACUCUUACAAUAUGUGUACCAUUUGGUGCCCCGUUCUCAAUAUACGUCUGGCAAGGGAUCGUCUGCUGUCGGUUUAACGGCCUAUGUAACGAAAGAUGUGGAAACGAAGCAGUUAGUGUUGCAAACGGGAGCAUUGGUUCUCGCCGACAACGGCGUUUGUUGCAUCGAUGAAUUCGAUAAAAUGAACGAUUCAAUUCGCAGCGUCAUGCACGAAGUAAUGGAACAACAAACUUUGAGUAUUGCCAAGGCAGGAAUUAUUUGUCAAUUGAAUGCGCGAACGUCGAUUCUUGCGGCAGCCAAUCCCUCAGAGUCUCAAUGGAACAAGAACAAAACUAUUAUCGACAAUGUUCAACUUCCUCACACGUUGAUGUCAAGGUUCGAUUUAAUUUUCUUGGUUUUGGAUCCACAAGACGAAUUAUAUGACAAACGUCUAGCCACACAUCUCGUUUCGCUGUAUUACAAAAACCGUUUGGAUGAGGAAGACACACUCUUCGACAUGAGCGUCCUUCGAGAUUAUCUCGCAUAUGCCAAGGAACACAUUCAUCCAGUUUUGUCCGAGGAGGCACAACAACGACUUGUUCAAGCGUAUGUCGAUAUGCGCAAAGUUGGAGCAGGACGUGGACAAAUUUCAGCCUACCCGAGACAACUUGAGUCACUGAUUCGUCUUGCCGAGGCUCAUGCCAAAGUACGCCUCAGCCCCGAAGUAAAAGUUGUCGAUGUCGAAGAAGCAUGGCGCCUACACAGAGAAGCUCUCAAACAAUCUGCCACAGAUCCACUUUCCGGCAAAAUUGAUGUCGGCAUUCUCACGACCGGUUUAUCGAGUGAAGCACGCAAAAAACGAGCUGAUUUGAUUGCCGCCAUCAAGACUUAUCUCAAAAGUAAAGCUAAAGUAUCAACAAUGCCAUACCAAAAAGUAUUCAUGGACAUUCGUGAAGGUUCACAAAUUUUGAUUACGAGAGAACAAUUUGAGGAUGCCUUGAAAGAGCUCCAGGAUGAAGGAGUGGUUGUUGUUGUUGGAAAGAAUACCAUUCGACUCUGUUAGUUAUUUUACGUUUUUUUUAUAUGUUAGUGGAACAUUCUUUUUUUUCUUGUUUUUUUAUAUGAUUAAAUUAAUAAAACCCCAAAUUGAUUUCAUAAAUUUUAAUAGAA